AGAAUAUUCUUGUGACAUCACCAUCGAAUUAGCCACUAACAAUUUAAAAAAUAAACAAAACAACACAAGCUUGAAAUAAUUUAUAAAUCGCUUUAAAAUAAAUUUGAAACAUGUCGGAACCAACUGCAAGCAGUAGUAAGGAAUCAGCUACAAAGACUUCAAUGGUUUAUGUUUGUGCAGAAUGUCAUAAUGAUAAUGAAAUGAAGCCGCGCGAUCCUAUAAGAUGCCGAGAAUGUGGAAAUCGUAUUAUGUAUAAAAAGCGAACAAAGCGUUUAAUUGUAUUUGAUGCUCGUUAAUAAAUCUCAUCAAAAUUUCCGAGGUUAUAUUCAAAUUUAAUUCUUUCAAUUUACUUAUAAGAAUAAAAAUAAAAUAACUUUCCAUCGAAAACUAAUAGAAAUA